AACAGCCCCCGCCGUCCCCCCCAGGCCUCCGCUAUGGACUACGAUGACUUCUCCCACGACAACAACCCCUUUGCAGGCUCCAACCACUUCUACUCCAACGGCAUCCUAAACCCGGCCCCCGACUUGGACACGGACGAAGCGAAGGAGGACAACGAGCAGCACGGCGAUCACAACGACGACGGCAAUGACGACGACGACGGCGACGGCGACACCUUUGCAACAAGCUCCCUCCUCGACGACGAGGCAAACACCACCUCCAAGUCGCUGCCCAUCUCCGCCUCCGAACAGCCCACCUUCUACGCUCCGCCUCCACAGCUCCACCGCCCAGCCGUCCCGGACUCCCCCACCCAGCAACCCUCCCCCUACACAAUCAGGACGUUCGAGGUCGGCAAGGACUUCAAGGGCUCGAAAACAAUCUUCUACAAGAUCGAAAACACAAUCAACGACACCUUCACACUCAGACGCUACAACGACUUCAAAUCCCUGCGCUCCUACCUCUGCAAGUUCUACCCCUACCUCUUCAUCCCUCCUAUCCCGGAAAAACACUCCAUUAGCAGGUUCUUGAAAAACCCCUUCAACUACAAAAACGACAUUUCUAUCAUCGAACUCAGAAUCAGACUCCUAAACUACUUCCUUUCCAAACUCAACUCCAUCCCUCAACUCUCAAACUCUUCCAUCACAAUCAAAUUCCUAGACCCGCUCAUCACAAACUGGCUCAAUUGUCUCAAAUACCCGCCCUUCACAAACAUCAGCUCGAACUCCAUCUUGUUGGUCUCAACAAGAAACCCAACAAAACCUUCUCCUUAUUUCUCCUUCCUACCAAUCCCACCGUUGGCUCUGUUGAAAAACUUCAAUACCGAGUUGAACUCAACCGUCUUCCAAAAAUUGGAACUGAACUUGAAAAUUUUCCUCAAGAUAUCAGUUAACUUAGAGUCAAAAAUCAAAAAGCUGAUCAAAACCUUGCAUUCACUAAGAUUAAACAUGGUUGAAUUUGGUGGCUUCCUCAACAUCUUCAGUAUCAUCGAAAACCAAAAUUCUAAAAUCGAAAAAUUCGGAAAUAAAAUAGACUUAAACUUCUUGAACAUCGAGAUCUUAAUCAAUAACCUAAUCAUCAAAAUCAAAGAACCCCUCAUAAUACUAAAAAAUUCAAUCAUAUAUCUUCUACAGAUGCUCCAUUUCAGAAAACUGAAAGAACUACAAUUGGUCUAUUUCCAAAAUAUCAUUUUGAAAAAGCAAGCCAAACUCAGGUCUCUGCUGAACUCCAUAAAUGUCAAUCGUAGUAACACAGAAACUCAGAAAAAAAACUUUAUCAAUAUGAAUUCCUCAAACAGCCCAAGUUUGAAUUUGGCAAUCCAAAACAUGAAAUCUACUUCUUCCCACUCAGCUGCCUCCGUUAACUCAUUGUCUGAUGAAACAAAGCAAUUGAUCAAAAACGAAAUUAAGAUUAUGAAUAACGAUCUAGAUCAGAACUUGAUACCCUGUUUCACAAACCUUCUAGAUGAUGUCAACUUCUUGUCCACACAGGUUGAAAAGAACGUCAAUCUCGAGUUCUCGAGUCUGCUUCAAUUGCUCACCAAAAUAUUGGGUGAUUGGAAUUCUAACGUCUGGGGAGAAUACUUGACUAAUUGUUUGAAACUUUGGGAGAGUCAGCAAUAGUACUUACUUUCGUCAUUAAUUUAUGUUCUUAUUUUACUACUCUAUUGAUUCCUAAUUUAAUGCUUUCUUUAUAAAUUCAUCCUAAUCUUAUUCAUAACAU